CAUGUUGGAGGGCUGGUGGUAGCCGCUCGGGGAGGUGCUCGCUCUCUCGGUCUCGCUCUCUCGCUCGCUUCCCCCGGCUCCCUUCGGUGCCCCCCCCGGUCGCCUGCGUGCCGGAGUGUGUGCGAGGGAGGGGGGAGGGCGUCGGGGGGGUGGGGGGAGGCGCUCCGGUCCUCAGGAGGCCCGCGGAGGGAGGCGGAGGCUGCGAGGGGACUCCGGGACGCCAUGGACGUCGAGAGGCUGCAGGAGGCGCUGAAAGAUUUUGAGAAGAGGGGGAAAAAGGAAGUCUGUCCUGUCCUGGAUCAGUUUCUUUGUCAUGUAGCCAAGACUGGGGAAACCAUGAUCCAGUGGUCCCAAUUUAAAGGCUACUUUAUUUUCAAACUGGAGAAAGUGAUGGAUGAUUUCAGAACUUCAGCCCCUGAACCAAGGGGUCCUCCAAAUCCUAAUGUUGAAUAUAUUCCCUUUGAUGAAAUGAAGGAGAGAAUACUGAAAAUUGUCACUGGAUUUAAUGGUAUCCCUUUUACUAUUCAGCGACUAUGUGAAUUGCUAACAGAUCCAAGGAGAAACUAUACAGGAACAGACAAAUUUCUCAGAGGAGUAGAAAAGAAUGUGAUGGUUGUUAGCUGUGUUUAUCCUUCUUCAGAGAAAAACAGUUCUAAUAGUUUAAAUCGGAUGAAUGGUGUUAUGUUUCCUGGAAAUUCACCAAGCUACACUGACCGGUCUAAUAUAAAUGGCCCUGGAACACCCAGGCCACUUAAUCGACCAAAGGUUUCUUUGUCAGCCCCUUUGACAACAAAUGGUUUGCCUGAGAACACAGACAGCAAAGAGUCAAAUCUACAACAAAGUGAAGAGAAAAACCACAGUGAUUCUCCACCAUCUGAAUCAGAAGUUUCCUCAGUAAGCUCUAUAAAAAAUAAACAUCCAGAUGAAGAUGCUGUGGAAGCUGAAGGGCAUGAGGUAAAAAGACUAAGAUUUGACAGAGAAGAAGUCAGAGAGUCGGCCAGUCAGACAACUGCCGGUGAGAUUUCUUCAGUUGAGGUGGAAGAAACAGAAACAUCUUCAUCUCAGGAUAAAGACAAAGAAAGUAGUCGUUCCAGGCAGCACUGUUCAGAAGAGGAUGAAGAAGAGGAUGAAGAAGGGGAAGAAGAAGAGUCUUUUAUGACAUCAAGAGAAUCGAUUGCAGAAAGAAAAAUUCAAGAAAAAGAAUCUGAUGAUGCCUUAACUGUGAAUGACGAGACUUCUGAGGAAAACAAUCAAAUGGAAGAAUCUGGUCUGCCUCAAGCUCAGAAAGAUUUGCAUUGUGAAAGUAGUGAAAGUGCAGGCCCUGAAGGUAGUGAUUCUGACUGCCAGGAGACAGAAGAAUUAGUAGGAUCCACUUCCAGUAAAACUGGAGAGAUUGCCUCAGAAUCAUCCAUGGAAAAUGACGAAGCCACGGAAGGCACAGAUGAACCAAUGGAACAAGACUAACUACUUAGAAACCUUUAGAUACAGUAUUUUACAUACAGUCCUGGUUUUACACUGUAUAAAACUUUUAUGUAACAAAGUGGACCUUUAGUUUUACAAGAGAAGCAGGUUGUAAAAUAAAGUACUUUAAGAAUAAAUCCUGAAAGAGUUGUACCUUUAAGAACUGUGAAUAUCAGCUCCUUUGGGUCCUGCUUACUGCUGACAGGUUUUUGGUUUGGGGUGGGGGGUCUGGUCAAAUCAGUGAUUUGUGUAUAGAUUUUUUUUUUUUAAUUUAGAAUUAAAGUUUUUAAACUGGAAGGUAAUUAUAAUUUUGAAAAACUUUUAAAGAUGAACAUGUUUAGUUUAUACGCAUACAAGGAAGCUUUUUGUCUUGUCUUUUUCUGACAGCUUUAGGAGUUUUCAUAUUUUGGUCAUUGUUUCAGCAUUUUAACAUGUGAAUUAUAGGGUUUCAUGCUGGUUUCCAGAUUUUAUUGUUCGUCUAUGUACAAUGGAACUUUAAGUCAUAUAUACAUAUAUAUAUAUACAUAUAUAUUAUUCUAAGGGGGGAAAUGUUAUAUUUUUCUGUUUCUAUAAGAGAUGAAUACAGUGGAUACUUUUUCUAUUGGUAAUGAUUGAGUUCACCUCUUUCAGAAGACAUUUUCUUUCUCUUCUGAGUAAAUCAAAUAAAAUCUGGCCCUUGUGAAACCCUGGAAAUCUUGUCUGUUGAAAUACCAGGUUAAACACAUUCCAAGAGACCUGUUCAAACUAAAAUUCUUUUGUAUACUUCUGAGGUGCCUGAGGGGGAAAAUGACUAUUAUUUAUGAGGAAAUGUGCUUUAUCUCGGAGAUUGUGUUCAAACAUAGUUUGCUGUUUUGUAGAAUGAGCGCUUAUGGAGCCGGUAUGUGACUGACCAUCUCGCAGAAUUGGACAGGCUCCUUAACUUUUUGCUUGUGUUUCUGAACAUUGUGAAUAUUACACAUUUCUUUCUAAAUUAUUCUAGAGUAUGCACAUGUCAAUGGUACGAAACACCACAGUACUGGAAGGAUCCACAUACUACUUUAGUAAUGUACCUGAGCUAGGACGACUGCAGUUUUAGAGGUACACAGAAGCCACCAUAAUGGGUAUGACAUUUUGAUGGGAAUUAAAUAUUUUUGAACAUGCUUCUUCGACAGCCAGUGUUACAUUUUUCAGAUCAACACAAGCACAAUGAUUACUCUAAACUCAAUAUUUUCAGAUUCACAUAUUGAAAGUCAUGCAAGCUGCAACCUCCCUGUCAAAAUUACUGGCUGCCAAAUUUAUACCUGUUUCUUCAGCUGUAUCUUUUGAUAUUUAGAAUUUUUAAAUUUCUGUAAAGUAGAUUUUGUAGAAUGUAAUGUGUUUACUGCCUUUGUGAAGCGGUAUAUAAUUGUAUAAUUUCUGUGUGUAAACUGAAUGCUUGGGCUUUCAAUACAGUAUUCAUAUAAAGCAAUAAAUGUUAAUGUUAUGAAAUAAUCGAGUACAUUUUUAUCAGACAAAUUCCCUUAAGUUUCAGUUACCUGAAUACACAGAUGAACUUAAAAGCUGAUGCAAUCGAUCUCUGACAUUGUGUCAUAUUCUCUGGGUGAUUGGAAAGGAAGCCACAGUUACGUUUUGACUACUUCCAAUUUCUUUGACUAAAGACACCACCAUCGUUGGCUCCGUUGUUUGUAGAAUAAUACACUACUGACUGCUUGGUACUGUCGCGUUCACAGCAGCUACGUUAUGUACUUGUGAAUAUGUCUUAACAGUUGAGAUUAAAACGGAGUGGAUUUUGUACCCAAGAGGGAGAAAAAAAAAACGUAAUUUUUUUUUGCUACAAUAUUAAAAUGAAGCAAAUUUUAAAUGUGACAUUCAUUUUUAAUGAUUAUUUUCUUGAGGAAUUUUGCCAAUGAGAACAGAUUUUAAACAUAAGUUUAGAAAUCUUGGGAUUUUUCUUUAGGGUAUUUAUGAAAUUGUCAGUAAACCUAUUCUCUAAGCUCCUGUGACCUUUUGAUAAUUUUUAUUUUCAUUGUAGUGCCAUGGACCAUUUGUAACCAAUCGAUUGACUUCUGUUGGUUAUAAGUUGAAGACUUAGCAUUGUGACUUUUGAGGUCUGUGGUUUUGUUUGUAAACUUGCAAUUGCUAUUUUUGCAAGGGCAAAUGUAUUUCUUUAUUAAAUAAAGUACAAUAAUGGUGAAUGUACCAAAACAUCA